AUGUUAUCUGCAAUAAAACCAUCAGAUAGAUAUUCAUUAUUGAUGAUCUACAACUCAAUGAAAAUUGAUAAACGCCAAACAAAUGUGUUAUUGAAUAACUACCUUAAAAGUUAUAUUGAUCAAAAAACUGUUAAAAACAUUUGUUCUUCACAACCAACAAAUUACCUUUAUCCGACAAACAUUACUUUAUAUUCAUCUAAUUUGAAUACACCAAAAAAACCUUUAAAAAACGUAGACCUUAAAAAAGGACAAGUUUUCUACAAAGGACGUAUGUGUAUUUUAAAAAGAUGUUUUUUUCAAUGA